GCUUCCCUGACUGAGUGAAGCCAGAGAUCAGCAGCAGAUAGAAACAUGCAGCAGGUAGUUUGGAUCAGUCUGGUUCUGCUGAAUGUCGUCUGGAUCUCCUUCUUUUUAACUCCAGAUCUGGACUUCUCAGUGUUUGUGCAGAGGAGAAGCAACAGCAGCUCUGAUGAGACGUUCAUGAUGGAGUUCUGCCUUCAGCCAGAACUGAAGGCAGAACUGGACUUGAUGUCCACUUCUGCCACGAAGUGGACAUCAACUGAAUCUUCAGCCAGGGGACCAGAUGAGGACAUCAACAUCAUCACAGAACUCACUGUAACUGAAGAACAAGACCUCAAACAGACUGAAAUGUUCGGCUCAGCUGACCAGAACAACCCGUCUAAUCAAACUGAUCAUGAAGCCAAUAGUGAUUUGUAUGGACCGACUGCAUCUACUGAUGAACAGAGACUGACUCCACCACCAGAGUUCAGCUCUGAAGCCGAUCGUGUUGCAAAGGUUCCAACAACUCCUAGAAAUCAGAAGGUCAACAUCAACCAACCCAAUCAACACAGAAUCAUCGACAGUUCACAUGGAAGUUAUCAAUGCUGCUAUAAAUUCUUCAGAUUACCAAUGAACAAAAAUCUCAUCUCUUCAUAUUCCAUGACUGAUAAUCGCUGCACCAAGACAGCAGUUGUCUUAACAGGAAAAAAAGGACGUAACAUCUGUGCUGAUCCAAGUCAGCCCUGGGUGAAGAAUGUUAUGAACUUUCUGGACACAGAGUCCUCUUAAAGUUGCUGCCAUCUGUCCUGAUUAAAAGUCCAAUAAAAUACAUUUGGAUAAAUGA